AUGGAGCGAGAUCAAAACACCGGAAUAUCAAUCCUUGUUGUUGGAGGUGGCAUUGCGGGUCUGACCUUCGCUAUCGAAGCUCAUCGGAAAGGCCACAAUGUACGGAUAAUCGAACGACGACCCGAUGCAGAGACCUUCGGCGAAAUGAUCAUAAUCACGACUCCAGCUCUCCAUACUCCAAAGAAAUGGCCAGGCUUCAUGGAGCGGGCGAGGCAAGAAGCAAUUGAUCCAGUGCUCAAUAUGAAGAAAUUCGACGGCACCUUGAUCGGAGCCUUUCCCAUCGGUGAUCCGAAGGACCCAUCCCUCGCGAUUUACCGAUCAAAGCUGCAUAAAGUUCUCCAUGAGUAUGUCUCGGAGCUCGGCAUACCGAUCGAAUUUUCUGCGACGGCUUCAGAUUUCUUCGAGGCAGGGGAUCAUGCUGGUGUGAUCAUGUCUGACGGUCGCAAGCUCACAGCAGAUGUAGUGGUGGCUGCCGAUGGAGUCGGCACUAAAUCAUGGAUGUUGGUCGUCGGCAGCAAAGAACCCCCCAUUAGUUCUGGAUUCAUCCUGUAUCGUGUUACUUUCCCAGCGGGACCGGCGCUCGAGAACCCAAUUAUUGCCAAGGAGCUUGGAGGAUUCAAGAAUCGUGGGCUUCUACAUGCUGGCCCGGGGGCGCAUGUUGUUUCUUGCAAGUCGAGAGAUGAAAUUUGCUGGAUGCUCACUCGUAAAGAAGACGGCGGUGAUGACAAAGAAGAUUGGGCCAACACCACGUCGAUCGACAAGGCCCUCAAGGCUGUCGAGGGCUGGGAGCCAUUUAUGACCGAGCUUAUUAAAGCCACUCCCAAUCACACUGUUCUUGAAUGGAAGCUACUUUGGCGCAACCCUCAACGGCAGUGGGUGUCUCCUGGCGGUCGCAUUGUCCAGAUAGGCGAUGCCGCGCACCCAUUUUUGCCGACCUCAGCUAGUGGUGGAACUAUGGCAAUGGAGGAUGCGUAUUCCUUAGCCACCUGCUUACAGAUUGGCGGGAAGGAUGGCAUACCUCUCGCGACGAAGGUGCAUAACCACUUGAGAUUCGAACGGGUCUCUUGCGCCCAGAAGAUGGGAUUCAAGAACCGCGAGCUAUUCCACAACACCGACUGGGAUGCUGUCGCCAAGAAUCCGGAGGUUAUGGGCAAAGUGGUUGGAAACUGGCUGGUGAACCACAACCCAGAGCAAUACGCGGUGGAGAACUACGGCAAAUGUGCAGAGCACCUCCUCAACGGUGCACCAUUUGAGAACACGAACUCCGUUCCUGGCUAUAGGUACAAGCCGUGGACUGUCCAGGAGCUACUGGAAGCUUCGGAGAGUGGAAAGACUGUUCAAGAUGAAGGUGACUGGUCCUAG